UAGCACCAGAAUCGCUGAAAUCAUCAGAAAUGUUUCAAUAAACAUAUGUAACGGUUUCGUGAUGGACUUUUCCUUUAAGCAAAAGAAGAAGAAGAAGAGAAAAGAAGGAAAAUAAAUGUCAGUUUGGACUGGAGUAUCACACUCCAGUCCAGUAGCUGGCAGUAAAAACACAAUAACGUUGCAUGUUAACCGCUUCAAUUCAAAGAAAAAGAAGCUCGUCUCAACAGUGUGUCCGUCAGUAACGUGCAGGAUAAUGACACAAGCAGAGAGGGAGCAGGAAAAUGAAAAAGAAAAAGAUAAAGAGCGAGAAAAGGACAAAGAAAAAGAACAACGAGGAGUCAAAAGACCGAUUGUUCCUCCUGUUAUCCCAGAGCCUUUACAAGAGACAUAAACGGCCAGGUCAGACGCGCUAUGAGGAUGUGUGGCUGAUACGAGAAGGCCUGAAUAGACCAGAAAGUGGUGAGCAGAGGCAAAAUGGUCUCAAGAUGGUGGACCAGGCUAUCUGGUCUAAAAAAAUGUCCAGCGGGGCCAGAAGAACUCCAGUGUCUGCUGAACAAGCCAGAGUGUAUAACAGGCAGGUCCGUCCAGCUGUUUUGGAUCCUAACUCGAGGCAGAAAUGGACUAAUACUGUUCACCAACCAGAAUACUUAGUAGGAGACGAGGCAUUACAUGUGAACCCCACAGACUGUUACAGCUUACACUGGCCUAUUUGUCGUGGUCAGCUGAAUGUCCACAGUGGGCCUGGAGGCUCUCUAACUGCUGUACUAGCAGACCUGGAAACCAUCUGGUCACAUGCCAUUCAGAAGCUUUUAGAAGUUCCUCUUAAGGACCUGAAGUAUUACAGAUGCAUCCUCCUGAUUCCAGACAUCUAUAAUAGACAGCAUGUGAAAGCAGUGCUCAAUAUGCUCCUCGUUAAGAUGGGCUUCUCAGCAAUCAUCGUACACCAGGAGUCAGUGUGUGCUGCGUUUGGCAGUGGACUGAGUAGUGCAUGUGUGGUAGAUGUGGGUGAUCAGAAGACCAGCGUGUGUUGUGUGGAGGAUGGCGUGUCCCACCGAAAUUCCAGGCUUUGUCUUGCAUAUGGAGGUUCUGAUGUGACGCGAUGUUUCUUUUGGCUGAUGCAACGAGCAGGAUUUCCUUACCGAGAGUGCCAGCUAGGCAAGCGACUGGACUGCAUGUUGCUGCAGCAACUUAAGGAGACUUUUUGUCACCUUGACCAGGACAUAUGUGGAUUGCAAGACCAUGAGUUUCGCACUCGCUUCCCAGAAUCCCCAGUGAUCCUCUAUCAGUUGCGGCUCGGUGACGAGAAGCUACAGGCUCCCAUGGCUCUGUUCUACCCUGCUGCGUUUGGAAUUGUGGGACAGAAGAUGACCACUUUACAGCAUCGUUCCCAGGGAGAUCCUGAGGAUCCACAUGAUGAACACUACCUACUAAGUACUCAGAGCAAACAAGACCAAGUACAUACUGCCUUUCUGCUAAAGAACAGCAUUGUCUCAUUUUUUUUUUUUUCAAAAUGUUUAUUCCAAUCGUCUAAAUCCAUGGAAAGGAAGGGUCUCCCUAAGCCUUCGGGCUUUGAGGGUGAAUCCUGCAGCCAAGGAGGUGACCAGACAGAGAGAGGAACUCAAGAUGUGGAGCUUGGCCAUUCACAGGGAGAUGCUCUGCCGAGCGGAGCUGACCCAGAAGACACGCCUUCUGUCCUUCUGUCCAGGAAGUCAGCAAUGACCCAGUUCGAAGGCAAAGCUCUUGGACUGGAUAAAGCUAUUCUGCACAGCAUCGACUGUUGUGCAUCAGAUGAGACCAAGAGGAAGAUGUACAGCUCUGUGCUGGUGGUGGGCGGUGGACUCCUGUUUCAUGGCGCACAAGAAUUCCUUCAGCAUCGCAUUCUCAACAAAAUGCCUCCAUCUUUCCGCCGUAUGGUUGAGAACGUAGAGGUCAUCACACGGCCAAAGGACAUGGACCCUCGGCUCACGGCUUGGAAGGGUGGAGCAGUGUUGGCGUGUCUGGACACCACCCAGGAGUUGUGGAUCCACCAGGGAGAAUGGCAGAGAUUUGGUGCACGCAUGCUCCGUGAAAGAGCAGCCUUUGUAUGGUGAAAGAGUGUGUGAGUUUGUGAUGUAGGAGAAUGGAUAAUUGUACUUGUUGCUGUAUAUAUUAUUUGCUAAGGUAAUUGCAAAACCGCGUAAUGUGUACACCACGCCAUUUUAUUUUACCAUUGUUUUUAAAAAAGAACAUACAAAUAUAAUAAAAGGAAAGAAAAGAA